UGUCAGAUAGUGUUAUUUAAUAGAUAAUAUGUGACAUUAAAUGAAAUCAUGUCACAGCAACGUUAUUAUAAUAUUAAAAAUGAAAAAAGCUUUAAAUGCAAUAUUGGCCUAAAAGUAAGAACGUGGUAUUUAGGUAUUCUAGGAUUUCUUAUUGCCUCAUUAAUAAUAAUUAAUAAUUUUAUUACUAAUCAACUUAAUAAUAAUAACAUUGAUCAUUUUUCAAAUAUUUCAAUACAAGAUACUUUUGUAGAAAGAGAACAACGAAAACUUAGUGAAGUAACAAAUAAUGUAUCGGGUUUCAUUGUUCAUAAACAAGGAUGCCGAAUAGCGGCACUCGAUCCACUUAAUGAAUUCGCAAAACAGUUUAUGGAAAAUGUGAAUUUACUCGAGUGCGAAUUCGGAAAACAAUUACCACUUGUGGAAUCUAAUGAUACGGCUCUAUUUAUAAAUUUAAAUGCUCAUCAACAGUAUUAUAAUAAAACAGAUAUUAUCGACUGUUGUUGGAGAGUUUUCGAACGAAAAAAAAAUCAGGAUAAUUUUGUUAAAUACGAUCCAGUAUGUCAUAAAUUCAAUAGCUCUGAAAAUAUAACGUCAGAAUUUGUAAAAGUCGAAUGUUUUAAAAAUAACAAACAAAUAUAUCGUGAUUAUCAUUUUUUUGUCCCACGAAAGCCAUUAGUAGAAGAAAGAUGUCAUAUUGCCGAAAAGAAGCAAAAAGAAAAAGAAAAAGAAAACGAUACAUCUACAGAUGAUGAUAAUAAUGACAAUCAUCUGAGUAUUCUUAUUCUCGGAUUAGAUUCCGUUUCACGAAUGAAUUUUCAUCGUAUGAUGCCAAAAACUGUUGAAACACUUAAGUCAAUGGGUGCUAUUGAAAUGAUGGGUUACAACAAAGUUGGUGAUAAUACAUAUCCAAAUCUCGUUCCAGUUUUAAGUGGAUUAUCAGAAGGAGAAUUCAGAUUAAACUGUUGGAAUAAUAGCAAAUUACCAUUUGAUAAAUGCCCAUUAAUGUGGAAAAAUUUUAGUGAGGCAGGUUACCGUACAAUAUUUGCUGAAGAUGCAUGUGCAAUGACAACAUUCAAUUAUCUUAAACCAGGGUUUCGUAAUCAACCCACAGAUUAUUAUUUUCGACCUUAUUGUGUGGCAGCUGAAAACGAUAUAGGGAAUACGCACAAAUUAAAUGCCGACUUGUGUGUCGGUACACGUAAAACAUUUGAUAAUCUAUUAAACUACACUAAAAAAAUAGUCAAAGAAUUUAAUGACGAUCGUUACUUUGCGUUUUUUUGGGAAGCUAGUUUAACUCAUGAUUUUUUAAAUUAUCCUCAAUUAGGUGAUAAUUCUUACAGCGAAUCUAUAAGUUAUUUAAGUAACAAAGGUUAUUUAAAUAAUACGGUACUAAUUGUAAUGAGUGAUCAUGGUAUGCGAUGGGGUGAAUUUAGACAGACUUAUCAAGGAAGAAUAGAAGGUAGUCUUCCUUUAAUGUUUAUUACUUUACCUGAAUGGUGGAAAAUAAAAUUUCCACUGGCGUUUAAAAAUUUACAAUCCAAUACUGCCAGUUUGACAACUCCGUAUGAUUUUCAUGAAACACUUGUGGAUUUUUUAUAUCCUGAAAACAUAAACGAUGAUAUUAUUCGUAAUCGCAAUAAAUAUAUUAAUAAUAAUAAACUAUUACCACGUGGCAUUAGUUGGUUUUUAACAAUACCUGAGGAACGUAAUUGCUCAACAGCUGGAAUACCUGGUCAUUGGUGUAUGUGUCAUAAAAGUAAUAACAUUUCGCAUGAUGAUUCAGCGAUAAAGAAUGCAACCGAUUUUAUGAUCAAUGAAUUAAAUAUAAUGAUUAAAAAAUAUCCACAGUGUUUAUUUUUGAGAUUAAACAAAGUUAUUGAUGCUAAAGUUUGGAGCGGACAUGAUGGUGAAGAUAAAGAUAAAGAUGAAGAAAAACCAAUACCAUGGAUUGAUUAUACAAUUACUGUCGAAACUUCACCCGGUAAUGCAAUAUUCGAAGCAUCGAUAAGACAUGAUAAUAAUACGGGUAAUAGUACUUUAGUUGGUUCUAUUGGUAGAUUAAAUUCAUACGGUAAACAAAGUGCUUGUGUUGAUGAUUUUACCAUGCGAUUAUACUGUUACUGCAGUUAAAAAAUUUAAUUGAGUUUAUACAUUCAUCUUAAUUAAAUGCUUGCAAGAUAAAUAUAUUUUAUAGUAUCGCUGUUAUUAUACUCAAUAAAUUGUUUAUUAAAGUUAA